CGCUUUACAUAUUGACGUGUCGCGAAACUUCCAUCUUUUGUUGUUUUGGUUUUUACGAACGAAGAAUAUUUUGUCAUGAUUAAUGAUGUGUCUUAGACAAAAGGUUCUUCACAUUGAUGAAUAAAUCAGGCGUACCUGUGCAUUACAAAAUGUUACACAGUAGAAAUAAAUUUCGAUCUGAAUUCGUCUAAGAAAAGAAAGAUUAAAAAAUGAAUCGUGCAUCAAGGAAAGAAUUGCUGGAAACAAUCGAGAAUCAGCAGGAACAGCUGAGCAGGUGUGAAGGAAGGCUUCGAGAUGUUGUUAAAGCUUACAAAGGUUUGUUGAAGGAAAAAGAGGCUUUGGAAGCUGGAGUAAAUGCACUUACAUCAAAAGAACCAAUAGCCAAUAAUGAAGAGAAAUACGAAAAAGAUACAGAUGGUUCCACAAAUAACAAGGAUUCUAGUGGGGAACAAAGGUCAACGAAAAGUAAAGAUGAGGUACAGCAGUUACAGCAACAAAUCAUUACACUCACUAACUCCCUAGCAACCGUGACUGCCCAGAAAUCCAAGAUGGAGGCUAGUUUCCAGGCAGACAAGAAGAGCCUUAGGGAAGAUAAUGAAGCAAAAAUUGCAAAAAUUAAUGAAGCCGAAGGAGAACUGAAAUUAGUUAAGGAGGAGUUAACGGAACAACUUAAUGAAGCAAAAGCAACAUUGAGAACUCAACAAAAUGAACGAGAACAGGAACACAUCGACCAUGCUGUAAUGCUACGAGAACUUCAGACUCUUUUAGCGCAAGAAAGAACAGAGAAGGAACGACUGGAACAUGAACAGCGGGUAGCUGGAUUGGAGGCUAAGCUCUCCGAAUUAUCUGAUGUUGUUGGUAACUAUUCCAGAGUUCGACAACAGGACCAACUAGCCAUACAACGAUUAAAAGAAAGAAUUACACAGCUAGAUUUGGAGAAUACAGCGUUGGCCCGGGCAGCAAACAAAGUUGAAACGAUGAGUGACGACCUUGACGAAACGGCAAGCGUCACAGAAAUAUUAGAGAGAAUAACCAAGUAUAAAGGUCUCCUGAAACUGGCCAAUCAGAAGGCAGAAAAACCUGUAGAUGUUGAUGAAAUGUGCAAUACUGAUGAUCAUUCGAGUUUAGAUGGUCACGGCGGCCAACAUCACGCUUGCCAACAGGAAUUGAAGCAGCUUAAAGAUGAAUUUGAACGAUACAAGUUACGAGCCCAGUCAGUCCUGAAAAGUAAAAAUACUAGGGACACAACAAGCAAUAUGGAGAUUGAUACGUUGCAGACUCAAUUAAAUGACAUGAAGGAUCGGAUUGUUGUGCUUAGACAACAACUUGAUGACCAAGAGGAUGAAACUAAAAACAAGGUAGAAGAUAUGGAAGCUGCAAUGAAGAAAGUAAAGGAGAACCACAAGACAGACAUGCUUCAGACACAGCUUGAUUUUCAGCAAAGAUCAGCGGAGAUGGAGCAGCAGAUUCACAAGCAACGUGACCGCACCCUCGCUCUGCUCUCGGAGAAAGAUAAAGAAAUUGAAACUUUGAAACAACAACUCCAUCAGAAUGUGCCACAUUUCCAAAGUGAUAAAAGCCAGUCUUCCAGAAGAUCGUCCAGUGUCUUCACUGACAAUGAUGAUGAGCAAGAGGAGGAUGCUCAUGCCAUUCAAGCUCAAGCAACUGUCAAUCAGCUGCAAAACAGACAGUCAGCAGCUCUGAUGAAAGGUGUUGGAACUGCUUCCCUUCUCCAUUAUGCGGAAGAACAGUCGAGAAAAGAAGUGGAACUGACGAUGAUCAAGAAGAAAUUAGAAUUAGAAACGGCAUUAAGACAACUCCAAGAAAAACAUGCUGCAUCACAAGAAACCUACCAAGAGGAGGUUGAGAAACUAAAGGAAGAAGUUGAAAAAUGGAAACGAUAUCGAUCAAGAGAAGGCACAAAUCUAGAGUAUUUGAAGAAUGUUGUGUUGGGAUAUAUACAGACCGAUGAUUUAUCCAGUAAACACAGUUUACUUCAUGUUAUUGCUACAAUUCUACAUUUUAGUCCAAAAGAGGUUGAUAAUGUAACUAAGAAAUUAGCGGCAGGGUGGUGGGGAUGAUACCUGAUGAUCAGAACAAGUUACCCACUAUGUGGGAAGUUGAUGUCUAUACUGUAUAUUUA